GUUGGGUGGGGUUUGGACAUAAUGGAACCGUACGAAAUCGCACCAUAAAUUGGGGUCACAUCUCAUGAUAUAAUCAGAGACUCACUAGACUUGAGAGAGGUUGACAAUAGACAAGAUACUGAGGACUUAGAGUGAUAACAGGAAAACACAAGAGCAGAACAGGAGGAGUGAGGUUUCAUAAGCCACAAUGAGAACAUUACAUUCUCCUACGCUAUUGCUGCCGGUUCUGCUGCUGUGGGCUGUGUGUAGUGUUUGUGAGAUUCAGGCUGAGGUAAAGACUGUUAAGCUGUGUGGCCGAGAGUUCAUCCGUGCAGUCGUCUACACCUGUGGGGGCUCCAGGUGGAGGAGGCUGAACAGUCAGCAGGAUAUGGAAGGGCUUUUUAAUGGAGAUCCGAGCAGUGCUGAGGAUUUUAAUGAGAGUCUGGGGUCUGAUCUGUCCAGGCGAGACCUGAAUCAUGUGCUGACAAACAUUUGUUGUCAGGUUGGCUGCAAGAAAAGUGAUCUCUCGUAUCUCUGCUGAGAACCGAAUCUUUAGUUUUCUAAGUGUUUUCUAUGUGUUCUGUAUUUUUUUUUUUUUUUCCAUGUUCAGUUCCCUCUCUCACAAGCUGAAUAUGAGGGCUUCUCAUUGAAUUGUGUGUACAGCCAGUUUUAAUUCAUAUAAUUUGUCUGCCAGUAUAUUAAUCUUAUUUACAAAGAACUCAUUCUAGAUAAGAUCAUCUACACUUGUGCCCUAAACUGCACUAGGAAGGGAGUGGUUAAAUUCCAACACCAGUGACAUUGCAUGUUGAGGUGGAAAGCAGUAAUCAUGGCACAUUAAAGUUUUUCUUUUUUUUCUUUUUUAUUGUAAUUUGCAUUUUGCAAACUUUGUCAAUAAAUGUUAUCGCAUGUGCAAUGUCUGUUGUUUCUUUAUUACUAUUAAAUGUCAUUUUAAAAAAAGAUGUCAGGUGGCUCGUUUGCAUCGUUAAAUACGGACGUCUGGAAAUCACCAAUAAUUUGAGAAUAUUUCACAAUAUUUACACUGCGUUUCAGUUGAUAAAUUUAGCCAAACAUUUUGGACUAAAGUAAGUACAAUAUUUCUGCAAAAGAUAACUGAACAUAACACACAUUGCAUCCACUUAUCAGGGUUAUGUUUUAUUGUUUUGGAAAGAGCAACAUCAUCUCAGUACCUCAGAUCUUUGUUGACAUUGUUUGUACAAACACAGCUUGCACAUGUUGCUGGAAAGAGAUGAUGAUGAGUCUAUAGUAUAUACACACACAUACAAGCACACUCACAAAAUCUCCCACAACUUCACACAUACAAACGCAACUCAACAUUCACACAAAGUUCCACUUAGACUAAAUGACAUGAGUUUUCUCACCUCUUCUAUGAAUCUGAAUGACAUUUCACUUUGGACCAUGUAGACAUACUGAUUAAGCACUACACAGAAUUGAAUUCAUAGGUUUUACUUUCAACUCAGAGACUCUUCCAUUUAACUCAGUGCAAUAAAAACACUCUAGUUGCAGUAAUCAGAAAAUAUGCAAUGCAGUGAUCAUUUACUCACCCUCAUUUUUUUCCAAACCACUAUGACUUUCUUUCCUUCAUGGAACACAAUAAGGAAAUGCUAGGCAGAAUGUUAGGGACUGACAGCCUCAGUCACCAUUCAUUUUAUUUGCAUCUUUUGCAUUUCUUUAUUGUGUUCCAUGGAAGAAAGAAUGUCAUAGUGGUUUGGAACAAGAUGAAGACAGAGUUUUAAAUUUUGGGUGAAAUAUUCCUUUAAUGGAUGACGCACCAUCGCCUUAAACUUUAAAUGCUGAUGAAAACAAACCUAUGAGUCACAAAGCACCAGUUUUCCUUCCAAACCAUCACAUCGUCUACAUCAGACACUCAAAGAUCCAUACAACCAAAUUGUUUGUUCUUGACAUUGAACAACAGAGCAUCUGGGAAGUUAAACAGUAAACACAGUUUUUUUCCUUUUCAAAUUUUUUCCACAAGAAACAAUAUUUUCACUUUAUUCAUAGGUUUAAACAUUUUAAAAAAUAUGCAGCUUAUUUUCUCUUAAAGGACAAUUUUGGAGAUACACAUACAAAAAACAAACAAGCAGAAAAAAAAAAAAAACAAAAAAAAAAAACGAUUUGGUCAUUUAA